AUGUCCAGCAACCCUGAGACCGGUGAUGUCAAAUCAGAAAUCAUCAUCACGACAAUUUUGCUCGAAGGCUCGUAUCCGACUCUAGUCUCCACCGACGGCGCUAGCGGUCGCGACCUGCAAAGACAAGUAGAGCACCCUCUUAUCGAAAGACGCCUCACUCUCAGGAGCUCGAGCACUAAUGAAAACGGCGAAGAAGUGCUGGCAUCACCGGCACAUGAGACUGUGGUAGCAAUGGGUCAAUUCAUGGCUAGAGUCUUUCGUGUCUGCGACGAACGACAAUAUGAAAGCCCUCUACCCAUACUACCGCAAUGGAGAGAUCCAUCGGGAAGGUUCCGCCAAUACACUAACGAAAGUUUUGCCCGCCAUCAGAACCAUCUUUCAGAGGCCAUGCAAAACGAGUAUGCUUCAAGAGACUCAUGGCCAUUCACUUAUCGAGUGCACUCGGAUGUGGAGGACUAUCUGAAAGAUGGCGGUCAGCUGACUGGGCCCGGGGACAUGCCGAGGCGACCAAGAGAGUAUGCAGAUAGGUCGCGACGUGCGGUGAAAAGCGCAAAGAGCUUUGAUGAGCUUUGUGCUGUAGCGCCAGACACUGUCAAGAUAGCUUUUACAACCGACGUUCUCGAGCCCUUCAAGCUGAUGAGAGCCUCCUCCUCACGUUCCGGCGAGGAGGAUGACGGAAGGUCACUGGAUGACUGGGCGAUAUCGGAUGUCAAGCCAAGUGUUGAGUGUCGGAUUACCGACGAUUCUCCCGAAUGGGUCAAAAGUGAUAAACGCGUCCAAGAUGCUUAUAUCAAUUCCAUCUUUGAAUCAAUUGAUAAAUCAUUCACCCCAGAGCCCGCCCCGCUAAGUCGAGACAGGACGGCCGACGACUUUGUGCAAGAUACGCAGCGUUAUGAGCAUAUCCUGUUUGAGGAAGCAGCAUUCGAUGUGGCUCAUCAGUUGUCAUUCACAAGUGACCAAGAACGAACAAACGAGGAGGAGGUGUUGCGUGGAGGGGAGACGGGCGACGCAAGCUCCGAAGUGGGUCAGCCCGUGGAUGGACAUCUGGUAAAUGUUGCAUGGCUUGAACCUUCCAUGUUUGAGCUUUUCUGCGGCCUUCCCCCUAAAGAGCGGCGAUUCUACUCCAAGAGGCUCGUAGAGUAUGAGACUUCUAUCAAAGAAGGCCUCGCAGCAAUGAAAAAUGAGCGCGAUCAUCAAGUGACCGGGACAGGUGAUGCAGUCUCAUCUGGAAAGAAGACAUGGGGCACCUGGCCUCAGAGACAAGAAGACCUCUCGGAAGCAGUGGGAGCUCCUGAUGUUGCCUUUGCUAGAAUUGAGCUAUCGCAAUGA